CGAGUCAGGCGCGCCCGCUGCGCUGCACGUGUGUUACCGGAUUUACCGCAUCACAAAACACGAUCACUGACAAAAAGAAGCAUUAACUUCAUACCAAGAUGGGGGCGAUGUUUAGGAGCGAAGAGAUGGCCCUGUGCCAGCUCUUCAUCCAGCCCGAGGCGGCGUACACUUCCGUCUCCGAGCUGGGAGAGGCCGGCACUGUGCAGUUCAGAGACUUGAACGAAGAGGUAAACGCAUUCCAACGCAAGUUUGUGAAUGAGGUGCGAAGAUGUGACGAGAUGGAGCGCAAGCUGCGCUACAUCGAGGUGGAAGUGCACAAGGACGGCGUCCACAUCCCUUCUGUGAGGGAACCGCCUCGUGCCCCCAAUCCCAGGGAAAUUAUUGAUCUUGAGGCUCACUUGGAAAAGACAGAGAAUGAGAUCCUGGAACUAUCGCAUAAUGCAGUGAACCUCAAGCAAAACUAUCUUGAGCUAACCGAGCUGAAACACGUACUCGAGAAGACGGAGGCUUUCUUUGCCGCACAGGAAGAGAUCGGCAUGGAUUCUUUGACAAAGUCCCUAAUACCAGACGAAUCUGGGCAGCCGCAGCAAGCCGCCGCGCACGGCCGCCUCGGUUUUGUAGCGGGCGUGGUGCAGCGCGAGCGCGUGCCCGCCUUCGAGCGCAUGCUCUGGCGCAUCUCUCGCGGCAAUGUCUUCCUGCGUCGCGCUGAGCUUGAUAAGCCAUUGGAGGAUCCUAAAACUGGCAACGAGAUCUACAAAACGGUUUUCGUAGCUUUCUUCCAAGGAGAACAACUAAAGUCUCGCAUCAAGAAGGUGUGCACUGGCUUCCAUGCGUCUCUGUACCCCUGCCCGCCAUCCAACACUGAGCGACAGGACAUGGUUAAAGGCGUCCGCACUCGCCUUGCAGAUCUUGACAUGGUUUUGAACCAGACACGCGACCACAGGCAACGUGUGCUUCUAAGCGUGGCCAAAGAGCUACCCAGUUGGCUCAUCAUGGUGCGCAAGAUGAAGGCGAUCUAUCACACGCUCAAUCUGUUCAAUAUGGAUGUUACUAAGAAGUGCCUUAUCGGCGAAUGCUGGGUGCCGACCGCUGACCUGCCUAAUGUGCAGAAAGCUUUGGCUGAUGGAUCUAACGCUUGCGGCAGUGCCAUCCCAUCAUUCCUGAACUGCAUCGAGACCGAGGAGGAACCACCAACGUUCAACCGCACCAAUCGCUUCACUCGCGGCUUCCAGAACCUCAUUGACGCGUACGGUGUGGCUUCCUACCGCGAAUGCAACCCUGCUUUGUACACCACGAUCACAUUCCCUUUCUUGUUCGCGGUGAUGUUCGGUGACUUCGGCCACGGUUGCAUCAUGGCCUUUUUCGGAGCCUGGAUGGUCAUGAAAGAAGUAUCCCUCUCAGCUAAGAAGUCUACCAACGAAAUCUGGAACAUUUUCUUCGCCGGUCGCUACAUUAUUCUUCUCAUGGGCUGCUUCUCCAUGUAUACAGGAUUGGUUUACAAUGACUUGUUUUCGAAAUCUAUGAAUAUCUUCGGAUCUUCGUGGACAGUACCAUAUGACCAGCAGACAUUGGAAACAUAUGGAGCUCUUACGCUGGACCCGAAGGAUGCUUAUUUGGGGGAACCUUACUUUAUUGGCAUUGAUCCCGUUUGGCAGACUGCUGACAACAAGAUCAUCUUCCUCAAUUCGUACAAGAUGAAACUGUCUAUCAUCUUCGGUGUUACUCACAUGAUUUUCGGUGUCUGUAUGAGUGUUGUCAACUACAAUUUCUUUAAGAGACGCUACUCAAUCAUCCUGGAGUUUUUGCCACAAAUUGUAUUCCUUUGUCUGCUGUUCUUGUAUAUGGUCUUCAUGAUGUUUUACAAAUGGAUCGCCUACAGUUGCACUCAUGACACACCAGUGGCAUACUCGCAAGAUUGUGCACCGUCAGUCCUGAUUCUGUUCAUCAACAUGAUGCUAUUCUCGAGCACGGAGCCCAAUAAAGACUGCAACGAGUUCAUGUUCGAGGCUCAGGGUACAUUGCAACUCGUUUUUGUGCUCAUAGCCCUCUGUUGUAUACCAGUCAUGUUGCUCGGCAAGCCACUGUAUAUUUUAUGUACAAAGAACAAUAAGAAGAAUUCUAAGCCGGAACAAGCAUCAAAUGGCAGCGUGAACCAAGGCAUAGAAAUGCAGGAGCAAACAGACAUCAGCGAAAGUGCCACGCCGGCGCCCGCCAAAGCGGAGAAGUCAGGCGGUGGCGAUCACGAAGAAGAGCCUUUCAGUGAAAUUAUGAUUCACCAGGCCAUUCACACUAUUGAAUACGUGCUCAGUACCAUCUCGCAUACUGCUUCAUAUCUUCGAUUGUGGGCGUUAUCGCUUGCCCACGCAGAAUUGUCUGAGGUGCUGUGGAACAUGGUGCUGACGUUCGGUCUAAAGGACCACGGCUACAUUGGCUCCAUCAAGCUUUACGUGGCGUUCGCAUUCUGGGCGUUGUUCACGCUCGCUAUCCUCGUCAUGAUGGAAGGCUUGUCAGCCUUCUUGCAUACCCUGCGUUUGCACUGGGUGGAGUUCAUGACUAAAUUCUACGCGGGUCUGGGCUACAUCUUCCAGCCGUUCUGCUUCAAAACGAUCCUCGAGCAAGAGGAGAACAAGGACGACUAAAUCGUCUUGCAAUUGUAGAUUAGGUGUUAACAGUAUUUCUCGUUUUCAGCAUAAGUUGAAAUGCAAAGGUCACAAAAAUAAGA